AUGUCUGGUCGGGACUGCUCCCCUCCUUUAGAGAAGUACGAGGCAUUAGGUGUCUGGGUGAUAGAAUAUUUACAGUCCCUCUCGAGCGAGGACACCAGUUGUAUAAAAGAGUACAGUCUCAUCGGAGUUAUAGUUUUCCUAUCGACUGUUUGUGGUAUACCAAUAUCGGCCGUGGAGGUGACAGGAGGGAUUCUCCUGAAGCGUGCGCUCCUGGUGGCGUUCCCAGCUAAGACCAUGGGUUGUGCAGUAUCCUUCCUUAUGGGACGGUAUUUCUGGUUUGAUUUUGUGCGUUCUGCGUUGGACAAGAGCGACUACUAUAAUGCGUUGCAAAUUCUCACGGAAAAAUCGGAGUUGAAGUUCCUCUUCUUGUCCAGGUUUAUGUAUGUGCCGAUUUGGGUGAAGAAUUAUGGCGCUUCUGUAACGGCAGUAUCCUUCCAAGGGUUCCUCAUAGCCUCUACAACAGUCGGCUUUCUCUUCUCGGUACUCUUCGUAUAUGUCGGGGUCACAACGAGCAGCAUACUAGGAGCGAUGUCUACAGGGGCGGAAAGUAAGGACGUUUCUGGCAUUGCUGAGGCCACUCAUGUGUUCCCUAGAUCCGCCAGUUGCACGAAUUAG